AGUGUGUAUUUGGACGCUCCGCUGCCUGGGAUAGACGUCCAGAGGAGAUAAGACGGGUUUAAGCCUUUUACUGAUAAAAUUGAUAUUGGCAAACUGACACCCGUGUUAUCAGGUCAUCAGGAAGUGUCACCAUGAGGAAAAUUACUGUCAUCUCAUUGAUGCUUCUGUUCGCUGCCGUGGCCACAGGUCAAUCGUUAGACUUAUGUCCUGACGAAGAGGAGGAGCCGUUCUGUCCAGAGUCGUACUCGGAGUGUGACGGAGUCUGCUAUCAGGAUACCUUCAUACGAGCUGGUGAUGGCUUCAACUUACAAUGCACGGGGGAAGGCCAGUUUCUACCGACACCCACCACGGUAGAACAGCUCCAGUGUCUACUGGAUAUCGUAGACGACGGUACGGCCGCCGUGGCCACUGGAUUUACGAACAAAGGGGACAGGUUCGAGACCGAAGGGCCGGUUGGGACUACUAUAACAGCUCCGCAGGAAUUUGAAGGCACCAUAGGACCCGAUCCUAACGAAGACACUUGUGUGGCACUGAUCAGAAACGAGGUGAAACUGAAUCCGUUUGAAUGUGAUCAUGUGUUCGUGGGGUUCGUGUGUCAGAUCGCGCCGGUGGAAUAGAGUAGUAACAUCUCCGAAACCAGUAUCGCGCAGCGUCUUCUUUCAACAAAAGCCGACAGCAAUCCGAAGACGUCACUCGAAAAUCUUACAACCCUCGCCCAUAUUGAUGUUUUGCCGGACAUUAGUGUGCUAAGGUUGUCCGGCCCCUAAGCGAGCUCCAGCUUUCCAGAUGAAAAGAAUAAGCGUGUUCACCAUGACGAGAGAAAACCGAUGAUACCCAAGUUUACGGUAUUAGAUCAUCUGUUGACCUUCCAGGUCAGGUAAAUGACCCAAAGGUCGGGAAAAUCGGGCCCCGCUACAACUUUUCAAAGCCACAGGUUGACACGGAUUUUCUGGGGUCCUGAUUGUGAACUUUGUAAAUGUUUUGACCAAAGACGAUGUAUUCAUACAUUUAAGCCAGGUCGGGUCAGGUCAGGUCAGGUCAACCAGAAGAUGUUCCGCUACCCUCUCCGCAGCAGGUGUCAACUUUCACCCUGGUCCCGUCAUCAACUUUAACACUUUGCCAAAUUUAACUCUAUCCGGAAUGUGUCUAGGUAGUGGGUACUAUAGGUAUUGAUCAAAGUAUUUUAAGCUUUUUAACCCUCGACCAUAUAGGGGGGGGGGGCAAACGGACCCCCCGGUUUUUUCGCAAAUAACUCGCGUAAAAAGCGGCCGAUCGCGACAAAAAUUUAAGUACUCUCGAGUUAAUCACUUUUACACCUAACCUUGAAAUUUCAUGACCCUGACUCAAAUAACCUUUGACCUGUGACCUACAUUUCGAGACCAUGUUUGACCGGAAUUGCGAUUCGGCGUAUGUCGGCUCGCAUUAGCCGCGCGUUUGCAGUCUUUU